AUGCCUACGGAACGGGAACCCCGUCCACGCUCUCCCGCCUCUUCCUCCUCCUCGAAACGACCCCGACCAUCCUCCUCCCGCUCGUCGUCCACAACCGUCCUUCCGACUCUUCUCAACUGGCUCAUGAUUGCGCUCGUCACGAACCUGGCGCUGUCGAGGGCAGUGACGCAGAGUUGGACGUGGGGAUACGAGGGCAAGUGGGCGAACCCAAGAAAAAUCCGCGACCUCGUCUUCCCCUCUCCUCCGCUCACCCUCUCCGAAUCGCAACUCGCCCUCCACGACGGCUCAAAUCCCUCUCGAUACCCACUCUACAUCGCAAUAGACGGCGACGUGUACGACGUCUCUGACGGCGGAAUGAGGAACUACGGACCGGGCGGAGCGUAUAGCGCGUUUGCGGGACGAGAUGCGGCGAGAGCCUUUGUCACCGGCUGCUUCAAGACGCACCUCACGCACGACCUGCGAGGCCUGUCGGAAGGCGAUCUCGAGAUCGUCGAGAACUGGAAGUCCUUCUACGCCAAGCACGCCAAGUACCGCUACGUUGGCCGCGUCGUUCACCCACCCAUCGAACCGUCUACGCCCAUACCUGAGCUGUGUGACGGAGGGAAGGCGCAGCCUGGAGCUGCAGCCGGGGCCGCGAGCGGGAGAGGGUGA